AUCAUGCUUGUAAAUAAACAUUCUAUUGAAAGCUGAUUCUAAGGAUCAUUGGUGAACUUUUGUUGUACUAUUGAACGAUGCGUACAAUCAAGUGUGGAAAUUUGAAAGGCAUAUUCAUUUAACAUUAAAAAAAAUAUCAGUUUAUUAUUUUUCUUUUGAAUAUAUAGUGAGUAUUAUCAAAAGAAUGCCAGAAAACAAGAAAAAUAUUAUUGACUCAAAUGAUAUUGAAAGACUCAAAGAGCUUCUUAGAACUCGUUUAUUAGAGAGUGGAUGGAAGGAAGAAAUGAAGGCUGUUUGCAGAGAUAUCAUUAGAGAAAAAGGUGUUGAAAAUGUGACAAUAGAUACUUUAGUGAGAGAGAUGACUCCUAAAGGAAGAGAGUUGGUACCUGAUUCAGUGAAGCGAGAAUUGUUGCAAAGAAUACGCAGUCAUCUUGAUGUUGUUUAAAUUGAGUAAUAAAUUCAUAUGAAGUCAUUUUGUUAUAUAUAUUUCAAGAUUUGUGAGACAUAAGGCUUUUGAUGGAUGUGUUUUUGCUGUGUGUCUAACUUUCUUUGCUCAUUAAAAUAUCAUUUAUGUCAUUUUAA